CUUCACCUUUCCACUCUCCGAGAGCUCUCUACUCCUCAAAUAUUCAAGUCCAGGGUCUGUGAUCUCUCUUGAAGCUCGAAAUGUCUCCAGGAAAGCGACUCCCGCCUGGAAGUGCUCAAGCGCAACCAACACCCAAUCCCAAAGACCCGAAGGAUGUUUUGAAGAGCGUCGCGCCCAAGUCGAGCUUGGCGCGCAUCCCCUCGCCAGCUCGCUUUUUCUUGGUUUUCUUCGGAAGUCUGGUUCUAAGCUCGGUAUUGUUGAACCUCUCUGCUGGAUUUACACAAGGUGAUCUUGGUCUCGUGAGCAAGCACCUCGAGGAAUGGUGGGAAGUGGGGGGAUUGAUCGCGUGGAAGGGUGUGGAGAUUGCUUUGGCCUGGCUUCUUGGGUUUGACAGCCGGGAUGUCGCCUCGUUCCUCCUCCUCACACACUUACCGACCUACACCCUUCUUUCCUUCUUCUACAAAGUCCGCCCAAGUGCGGUACUGGCCUCAUAUUCAAUCACUAUUAUCUCAAUAGUGAUCCCGUUCGCGCUUCUGCGCCGGCCUACCUCCGUUCAUGACCUCUCUCACGCGCCUUCUGGCACCGUUGCCAAUCGGGCCAUCUUGCAGGACCGACCAACCACAAUCUACACUACUCUGGCCGCGACGUCCAUUUUCAGCGUCAUUAUGUACGCAAGCUAUGCGUCCUGGCUCCCCGCUAAGCUCGUGGUACACUUCGAGGAUAUUAAGGAUAUCAGUGCCGCGCACGCUGGCCCCGCCGGCCUUCCCAUCCUCUUUCUUACUCUACUCCCCGCCGGCAUUGCUGCGCGUGACUUCUUGUUUGUGAGCUCUACGGGCCAUAAAAAGGAAACCCCCAGGGAAGCGGACCAGUCUGCGAGCCGGGAGGGCGAGUACUUGGUCACGGCAGUGUACCGCAAGACCUGGGGCCAAUUGUCGACGAAGAGCAAGAUUCUCCUUUCGCGAACUAUCCUGCUCGCAACUGGAGUGCUUGUCAACACGAUUGUUCAGGUGGCGGGCACUAUUCGAAGUGUUUCCAUCGAGGGCGCGGCUACCUGGGGCCUGGUCUGGGCAGUUGCGACAGGGGCGGUGGGUGCAACCUUUGGCUGGAUUGAGGCGGUGGAUGGAUUGUAAGCUCGUAUAUCAAGGAAGCGCAAGGCGUUCGAGGGUGAUGGGGAUUUAGUUGAUUUGGGAGCGUUGUUCGGACGGCGCUCGGUCCGUGAUGCAGUUAUUUUUUUUUCUUUUUGGCAAUUUUCAGUGUUUUUUGACACCUUAGAACUUGAAGUCCACGGGGAGACUGUAUAGCUAUACCAUUGAGUGCCUUACCUAUUCUAAUGAUUAUUACUUUCACGUCUUUGAA